AUGGUGCGACGAUGUUCUCCCUGCCAGGAAACACGGCCAGAGAUGCCCCGAGCACCAGUCCAUCCAUGGGAGACGACCCGGGCGCCGUGGUGUCGCCUGCACAUUGAUUUCGCUGGGCCGUUCCAAGGAAAGACAUUCCUGAUCAUAGUGGACUCCUAUUCAAAGUGGCUGGAGGUCAUCGCAGUGUCAUCCAUGACGUCGCUCACCGUGAUCAAUGCCUUAAGGAGGCUGUUCGCAACACAUGGUCUUCCAGACACAGUAGUGUCGGACAAUGGGCCUCAAUUUACGUCCGCCGAGUUCCGGGCCAACCUGAUCCGCCAUGUGACAUCUGCACCUUUUCAUCCAUCUACAAAUGACCAGGCUGAAAGGAUGGUGCGAACCACCAAGGAGGCUCUGUCGUGCAUUGUGCAGGGAGAUUGGUCACGGCGACUGGCAGAUUUCUUGUACAGCAGCAUGUAA